UUAUUACACUUAUAAAAUAUUGUGAACUCCCUUAGAACUCGAAGCCGCACACCAUUGCAACCCUGCUCAUUUCAACUCAGCUGUUUGACGAUCACCGCGGCGAAUUUAUCUACGGCGCUGUCAAUACGCCAACGUCGACCCAGCGGCAUGUAUAUUUUCCAACAAAUUCAUACAAUAAUGCAUUUAUACAUUCGCUUCAUUCGUUUCGCUUUGGUCUUGUUGACGCGUCGAUGUGGUCGCGCCGUUUAGUUGUUUGUACGAUUUUAUGUCAAAAUAUUGAAUGCAGCGUUAAUUAACUGUGUAAAAGUAUUUAAAAAAACAAUCAAAUUGUUUAGUACUCAACAGAAAAAUAUUGGAAUAUUUGUGCAACAAUUUUUGUUUUUUGAGUAAAAUAAACGUAAAGUGUAUAGAUUUUCGGAAAUAAGGAGAAAAGAGAGAAAGUUUUUUAUUUUAUUUUAUUAAAUCUAAAAGUUUUGGAGAUAAAGAAAGACAACGCAAACGCAGUUACGACGCUAGCGAGGGAAUGCGCAAAACUGGUGUAAACAAGUGGUGAACUAAAGCGUUAAAAUAAAAAAAAAUUAAAAUAAAUAAAACGAUUAAAAUAUUGUUGGUUUGCUGGUGGAGAUAUGAAGUAAAAACUAAAUGAAAUCAGCAUAACUUUAAUUUUGGAAUCUAAAAUUGCUGCAUUUGUUUACUGAAAAGGAUUGUUUCGCAUAACAUUUAUUUUAUUGUGUCUACCACAUGAACCCUCACCCAGCACCUGGCGCACAAAAAACGAUACGAAAUGACUAAAUAAGACUGAAUCUAAAAAAUAAAAAAAGCGCUGCUAAAAGUAAGCGCUUAGACACCGUGUGACCGCAUAAAGUUACACAAAUCGCCAAUGGUGAAUAAAUAAAUUCAACAAAACGACAGACAGAGCUGUGGAGAAAUAGACAAGUUGGCGGUAACGCAUGCGCGCCGGUAGAUAGCAUGCGAGACGUAGUCGCCAGCGCAAACUGGGCAGCAACGCUAGGGCAGGAACAGCGCGGGGCGUAUGAGUGGUCAAACCAGCAAAACUUGCCAAUACUCUAACAAACCAACAGCAACAACAAUAGAGAAAUAUUGAUAAAUAAAAUUUUAAUUAAACCGAAAUUCGCUAGAGUGCAACAAAAACAAUGUAUGAAUAAAAUGCCAGAGGCAAAAGCACACAACGGCAGCUUAAACGAAUAUAAAAUUAUCAACAGCGCACUGAAAGCAAAAUUAGCAUGAAGCAAUUUACAUUUACUUUAUAGCGUCACACAUACACACACACCAUUACUGUUUCUAACAAAAACGCGUAAGCGAAAAUUUACAUAUCAAGGUGUCAGCGUGAGCGCGGCUGGAAGCAAAGGCGUGCUGCACGUCAAACGUUCAAUAAGAUAACAACUAAAUAAAUAACAACAGCAAUUAGUUAGUACAGCGCAAACAUGGUCAAGGGCAUUUUAGUGAAUCGCAAAGCGGAUGACUCGCACAAGGCGCAGCUGAAAAUGGAGCAUGCCGACCUCGUCGCCGAGAUGCAAACGGUGGAAAACCUGCCGACGCACGAGCGCCUGCAGUUGGCGCGACUCCGCCGCACUCAGCAGCUGAAGGUCGCACGUCAAAAGGAGAAGGAAUGGUUGAAAUUACAACGCGCCAAAGGUAAUACGACCUCAGCGCUCAGCGGCAGCCAUACCACACACCAUUUUCGUUCGAACUCAAGCAGCGCUAGUCGUCAUAUAUCCUUCGAGAGUAGCGUAGUGUUGCUAGAGGCUGCGAGUCGUAAUGAUAUGCAUGAGGUAGCUGAGCUACUGGAGCGUGGCAUUACACCGGAUGCAGCGAAUGAGGAUGGCCUGACGGCGCUGCAUCAAUGUUGCAUAGAUAAUAAUGUCGAAAUGUUAAGUCUACUGCUGAACUAUGGUGCAAAUGUCGAUGCGCAGGAUAGUGAUAAGUGGACGCCGUUGCAUGCGGCCGCGACAUGUGGGCACUUGGAGUUGGUGCGCAUACUAAUCGAUCGUGGUGCAAAUUUGUUGGCGGUGAAUACGGAUGGUAAUAUGCCGUAUGAUCUGUGUGAUGAUGAGAAUACAUUGGACUAUAUUGAGGCUGAGAUGUCGAAACGUGGCGUGACGCAGGAGUUGAUCGACGAAACGCGUUCAUCGACAGAGCGUCAAAUGCUGAAGGAUUUGAUGGAAGUGGCGCGCACGGGUGGGGACCUGGAGGAGCCCGACUAUCAGGGUGCUACGCCGUUGCACAUUGCCGCGGCGAAUGGUUAUGUGCGCGUAGUGGAAUUCCUGUUGGAGAUGCAUGUCAAUGUCGAUGCGGUGGAUAAGGAUAUGUGGUCGCCGGUGCAUGCGGCGGCGUGUUGGGGGCAUUUAGAGGUGCUGGAGAUGCUCGCGCAAUGUGGUGCUGAUCUAAAUGCUAAAAAUAAGGACGAUGAAACGCCCUCAGAUAUUUGCGAAGAUCCCGAAAUACGCGAACGCAUCGAACAGCUGAAGACCGAACAGGAGAGCAAACGGCUGGCAGAAGCGCAACGACGACGCGUGCGACGCUCGCAAAGCAACAACACGCGCGCCCAAUCUGUCCGCCGCACUUCCCUGCGCGACAAGACGCUAACAACCAAAAAGGAUGCCGUCGAAGAGGCACGCCUGCGUCUGCAAGCACAAGAAGUCUUCAUAACGCCCGACAGUGCAACGCUUGCCGAUGCAAAAGGUCUCAGCCACAACACUACCAAUCAUCAUUCCACAAUGGCGCUGCGAGAUAGCGUCAAUGACACAGCAGCAAACACGACGCCAGCCUCCUCUGUACACGACUACAAUUGGCUAACGAAAGCGACGCCGCCAACAAAUAAUAAUAAUAAUGCUAAUAAUAAUAAUAACAAUACGAUUAGUACUAAUAAUAACAACGAUAAAAAGGCUAUUGCUUAUACGGCAGCUAGUCUUGCCACAGCGGCGGCAAUGUCAAAAACAACAUCGUCAACAACAACAACAACAACAACAAAUGGCAUAAGCAACUCCUACUUACCACAUUCAAUGUCCGCCAUCGAUGUGAUGGAUGCCUCGUCGCAUGCAUUCAACUCACGACGACCGCCGGAGGGUCGUGAAAAUGAUGAAUUGCAAUUGAACGCCUACAAAGUGAGUAGUGGGGGUGAACAUCAUCGUUCCACCUCGGCAACGGCAAUGAUUGUAAGCGAUCGUAGUAAUAUGGCAGCGGCGACCGCCACGACGGCCGGACCGGAUACGGUGCAUAUACAGUCCAGUAAAGAGGCGGCAAAUGGCAAGAUAAAUGUCCAAGUGACUGUGUUGGUGGACACUACAAAUACGCAUCAUCAUCAACAACAACAUCAACAGCAACAACAACAACAACAAUUGCCUACAACAACGCUUAUACAACCGCAUACACUCUCCAUGGAGAGUCUCAACAACACUUCCUCAGCCUCUUAUGCGGCCGCCACUUUAGCCAAUUUGAAGAAGCAACGCUCUCUCUCGCGCACAAAUAAUGUAUUGAUAAGUGAAAAUGGUUCCGUUUUAGGCGCUGCCAACAACACCAACAACACAAUCAACAAUCACCUGCAUAUGGGUAGUGGUGUCAACAACAACAACUCAAUAUUAACAGCAGGUGACACAACGAGCACAACAGCGGUAAAUCAGCAACCACUAAGCGGUGCUCUACACCCAAGUCUAAUGGAUUUCAAUGGUGCUGGUGGUGGCGCUGGUACUGGUGGUAGUAUAACAAGUGGUGGCGAACAGUCGACCGGUUACUCGAAUGCCUCGUCGAUGAAUAAAUUUAGCGGUAUAACGGGUGAUGUGGUUAGUGAUAGUACGAGCUCGAAGAAAUGCUGUAUGCUGAUGUGAAUGUGAAAUUGUUUUAUUCUUAUCAACAUUUGCCGUUGUGUGUGUGUAUAUUUGACAAGUUUUUUGUGGCGCACGGUUUGGCGGCAGAGCAGUAUUUGGAAAUGGCAUUUUAAGCAUUAAUUAAACUACACUUUUGUAUCUACAUACAUAUUUAACUAUGUAUGUGCUAUAUGUACAAAAUAUGCGAAGCUGCAUAAUACACAAACACACACACACGUAUUGCUGAAGGUAGAUAGGUAUGUAUGUGUGUGUGUAGCUGACAGCACGUGUCCAGUGUGUGGCAUAAUAACUUGUGCAUCAAAUUAACAGCGUUUAUUAAAUACAUACAUAGUAAGUGUAGUUGCAGCGUGUAGACUUAAGGUUUUUUUUGCACUAAAACAAUAUAUACACACACACACAAAGUACACUGCAAAGUGCAGAGAAUUUACACUUUUUAAAUGUAAACAUAAUUCACUGUACACUCAACACCUUUUUCUAUGUAUUUUGUUGGUUUGUUGCUCUUGCAGAAGCCGCUUACUGCCAGCAUCAGUUGUUGGAGGUUUUGCUUUUUUUCAAUAUUUUUGUUUGAUUACCGUUAAAUAAUUUAUUAAAAAA